CUCCUAUUCUUAUCAGGGCUGAGGCAGAACUGCGUUUCCUGAAUCCGAACUAGGUACACGCUCGCCGGUUACUUUCUCGUCAAAACGCGCGAAAAAAAUACCACUGAGCAUUAUUUGCGAACUCGAUCGCGACGAAUAAGCAAAGAUUGCGACACGCCCACGAUCAAAAUGACAGCUGUGUUAUUCCCUACAUGAAUGAUACGAAACACAACGAUUUAUCUUGUAAGAACGAUCGCAUCGCUAGUAAGUUAGAAGUUUGAAGCGACCGACGUUCACUAAUCUCACGACCCUUAUCUCCCCUAAUCCGCGGAUCAGCCUCCGAGCAGCUAGUGCUCGUCUGCAAGAAGAAGAAGAAGACCUCUGCACGACGCCCUUAAGUGGUGCCACUCCGUGAAGGACAGCGUCGUAGACCAAAUGGUUGAUUGCAACAUCACGAAGAACGACUUUUGCGGCCCAUUGCCAUUGUUGAAGUUGACCUCUAUUUUUUCCCUCACCAAGUUCGUAGACGCUGUAGCUGCAGGUCCUCCGAAUAGAAGGCGUUACUGAUCACAAUCAUCUAGACCAACAACGAACUCCACCGAUUUUUGAAAACCUCGCCCGUGGCCCUGUAGCUGAUCUUGAAGCACGACCAACACGGAUGAGCGUACAAGUUGCACUUCUAGCACGACACACAUAGAAGAGAACGAAAGAUCCUGUUGUCCCGUGGUGUCAUCCAGCACUCGAUGUUCAUGAACUUCUACCUCGCGAAGGCAGCGAUUCUAGCACUAGAACUUGUUGAACUACUACCUGUAAAAAUUUCUCCACGAACUACUUCUACGUGAACCUCACCUGAAUUCGUUAAAAAAUACGAAUUCGGAGGCAAAUUCAAAAUUUCCGCACGACGACAAUAUUACGUAUAAAAACUUCAGUCUUGGUGCGAAGGAUUUUUUCGAGACCCAGAACAUUUUCAUCACCUACUUCAAGAUCAAGACGCUACAUUCCACUUGCGCUUGUUCAUCUAAGACCACAAGGCGAGGACGACCUCUUUUCGUACUACAGUUAGAUUUCGCUACUGCUACUUUGCGCUGCUGCUGCUGCUGCUGCUGAAUUUGUACUACACGAGGACGACUUUCACAUUGUUCAGGAAUAUUAAACCCUCCACGACACCUACAAAACACCAUGUCCGACUACUCCCGUUCCCGCUCCCGCAGCGCGCGCAAGCCCGCCCGCCGACAGCCAUCCCGCCUGUCCGGCAGCGAGUCUCCGCCCCCGCGGGACAGCAAGAAGUCCCGUCGGUCGCCCCGACGCUCCCGGGACCGCAAGGAGGUGUCCGAGUAUGCAUUGCAAAUGUGUCUGGGUCUGGAAGGAUGUAGCUUGUCAUGCUGGAUCUGGAUCAUGCAAAAAUUUGUGUUACAUGAUUGCCAACAGCGGUCCAUUUUUGACCACGUUGGGAGUGAGUUUCUCAUGCAGGAUAGGCAUGAUACAGAUCUCACAGAAUCUGUGAUGCUAGAUCCUGCAUUCCAGACCUCGUGUCAUGUUGAACCUGCACGAGAAGUCUUGCAAUCUUCCAGACCCAGACAUAUUUGCAUUUGAUACCGAGGAGCCUACCACGAAGGAGGAGAUUCGGCUGACGGAUAACGACGCGGCGUUUGUGUUGGGGAAGAACGGAAAGACGAAGGUGAAAAUCGGCAAGGCGUCGGGCAUCAAGUCUAUCACGUUGGACGAUUUGACCUUGCGGGCCACCGGACCGAAAACGGCCGUAAAGCGGGCCAUCAAGUACGCCCGGUUUCUGAUGGCGCAGCGGGCCGGACCCGUGGUGGUGAACAAAAAAGAGCUAUGCUCUGCAAAAGUAUCGUACUCGUAGUAAUUGCUGUUCUGCAUUACAAGUCUCUUUCCCAAGGUAAAACAGCAUUACAAAUUUCAUUUGUAAUGCUAAGUCAAUUUGUAAUGCAAUUCAUACUAGAACGAUAAUUUUGCAAUGCACAAGAGCACGACGAGGGUGAUCUGACGCUGCUCGAUGUGCCCAACGCGGCCAUCGGUUUUGUCACGGGCAAGGGCGGAAACUACCAAAUGCAAAAAUGUCUGGGUCUGGGAGAUUGCAAGAUUUGUCAUGCUUGCCUGGCAUGACUUUGAACUCUGUGUUGCAUGGCCGCGAAGAGCUCCUCCUCCCUGUCAUGCAACAACGCAGUUUCUCAUGCGGAGUACGCAACUCAGAACCAUGGAAAAAACUUGUCAUGCUUGGAAGCGCAUUAUAGUGAGUUCACUAUUCCCUUUCUUGCAUCACAAGUUUCCAGACCCAGACACUUUUGCAUUUGAUAGAAACUUCCUGCGCGCGAUCGAAGACGAGUGGAACGUUCUCAUGUUCUUCGCGGAAUAUGAAGGUACUAUAGCAGUUCUACUUCUACUUGCACUUGUUGUCGGAUUUGUGCAUGACAGACACUGUGCUUUUUCGUUUGACCACAUGACAAGUUCCUUUUAGAAGUUCUGAUAGCAGAAUAAACGAUCUCUAUGUCAUGAAAAGACUCCUGCAUCAAAUGGCAAACAACGACCAAAAUCUUCACAGGCCGUACCGGUAUGCAGAACUCCAUCGAGACUCUGGCGAUCUUUGGGGCAGACCGCCGCAACCGCCGCGGUGCGGAGCUGAAGGUUUUGUCGGCCAUUGAAUCCAAGGUACCGAACUGGUUCGAAGACCACAAGGAAGACAUUCUCGGGCGGGACGUGGACGGAGAGGACUGGCGGAGUGGGGUCAUGCCCUUUUCCGAUGACUCGCAAUUGUCCUUUGCGUUAGGGAAGAACGGGGCGACCAGGAGAAAGUUGGAGCGGGCCAGUGGCUGCUUGUUGCAGUACAUCGGAAACAUCGCGAUUUUUACGGGUAUAAAGAGAUUAAAAACUUGAUCAUGUUCAAAUUUAAUUAUGUAAAAGAAGAUGAAGCCAUAUUUGCGUUGCUGCUGGCAUUGUUGGACCAUCUCGUCAGAAAAAUCAGAAUGAAGUUUGUUCAUCGCAUGAGAAACAAGUGAUGGACAUGGAUUUGGAUGCUGAUGAUUAUUUCUAUCCACAACAGGUGACCGGGUACAGCGCCGCACGUUGCGACAGUACAUGAAGUGGCUCUUUGCCCAGUUGGACGGACCCGUCGACGUCCCAGAUGCAGCGGACCGCGAUGAUUGCACCAUGCUCAAAAUCCCACAGGUAUUCUUUAUGUGAAGUUCUUGCCCGCCGUAGUUUUACUUUCAAUCUAGAAGAAGAGACUCUACAACUGGGUGUUCUACUCGCUUCCCGAUGUUAAUAUCUGUGAUCCACAUCCAACAAAAACAAGUUCCAGGAUGAAAUAACCCAUGCUACAGACAAAAAGUCCUUGUCCUUACGACCGCCUUAUAGACAACUAGUAUCUAACAACCCAAUCAGGAUUGCGUCGGUUACAUCACUGGUGCCCGGCGCGCGGCCCUUUCAACGAUUGAAAUGGAUUUUGGCUGCCUGAUGUUCUUCACUGGCAGCAAGAACGACAAGGCCGAGUUUGAAUGGCUCGCGAUUUUUGGUGGCGAGUCGGAGAGGAAGGGUGCAGAAUUGAAGGUCAAAUCUUCCGUGGAAUCGAAGGUAUGGGAGGAAAUUUUGGAAUCCUCACAGGUAGCAGCGGAAGCAGAUUUUUUGGCAUAUGUAUUUCUUACAGAUACUAGCUUUAGAACCCGUGGAGGUGGCCGUCGUGCACAUUGCAUGCAAUGCAGCAGUGGCGGCAAAGGAUGCUGUAACCGCAAACUUCUGUUGUAUCCGAAGAUGCGACGGCCAGAAAUUCAUCUCUCACCGAGUGGUAAAUAAUCCUGUCGGGGGGUUCCAAAUUUCCAAAGCAUAACACUCCAAGGGAUACUACUCAAGCGACUUGAAGCAGAACAAAAAGGACUGGGAUAAGCCAGGGUAUACAGAUCAUGAUGUUAUUUUUGAAUUUUAUUUUUCGGUGCUAAGGUCCUACCCGUGAUGUUUUUCUGCAUCUAAGAAAGACAAACCUGCUCGCUUGGAUUUUGCUCGUAUUGAAGUCGAACACAUGCAAUAAAUCAGGUUCUCCACCGACAUUAUGUACAUGGCCGAUGACGAUAUUGGCUACUGCUUGGGCAAGGGAGGUUCGACUCGCGUCAAGCUCGCCAAUGCUUCCGGGUGCCACCUGCAGGUAAGAAGUACAGCCUUUGGAUGUCGUGAGUAGUUUCUUUUCGCUUUGACUGGCUCUCGUUGAUGCGCCUUGUUUUUGCCUCCAGGUUGGAAGGCUGGGACUUCUGCAUUUUUCAUAAACAUAUUUUUUGACUUCAUUUGUGUAGUCCGAGUCAGAGCAUGGCGUAGGUGUUUAUUCCAAGGGUAUUAGGCUCCUGGAGGUGAAAAUCGUUUUGUCAACCUUUUCUCAGGGUCGUUUGAUGCAAGAAGACAAACCUGGCUGAUCGUGAGGCAAGACGAGGGGCAGCUCUAGUUCGUUGUAUUAAAGCGACCUCGUUCAACAUCUCGUUUUUGUCCAAAGAGCUGCUCGUUCUUGAUCGUGCCCUUUCCCUCCUACCUGAGCAGUCCUGUACAUGAACCUGAUAUUGUUGAAGAUCCUCUGUCGAUCUGCCUCCUCUACUAAGUCUACGACUUCUACUUGUGAAGGAGCCCAGUCAGCACGCGCUAAUUCACCCACGACGUGAAGACCCCACGGCCGCCACACAAUGCCUUGCAAUUGAGCUGCGGUCUGAACGACUAGAAUCUGUAGCAUAGCUUGUGGAGGUGGUGUCGCAGCUCUUAGUUCAGGCGUGGCAGAAGCGUCGCAUCAGAGCGUCGAUAUCGACGUCAACUAGCACACGCUUUUCAACAUUCAUUUCUUCGGGGGUAGAAAAUUUGCAGUGUCAAGGCACAACUUCGUGAUCUUCUACGUCGACGUUUAUUUCUUUCGUGAACAAGCUGUCGCGCCUUCUGAGCCGAGGUCGUGGUCUACUUUGGCCUGCUCCUUUUGCGCCGCACAACGCGACGACAUCACUGUCAACCUGUUUGAGGCCAUCGCGACUUGUAAAAGUAGUACUGACUAGACUCCAGGAAGAACUGGUGCACAUCGUUCUUGUCUCGACCUGCUGCUCGUGCUCUCCCGUGCCGGACUUGCUCCUGUCGCCUAGAUAAAGAACAAAGCCAUCAAGUUCAACGUCAAGAACGUCAAGGUCGCCUGAUGUCGUGAAGAUUUUCAUCUCCUCAACCGCCACCUCAAGCAGGGUGGUCAACAUUCCUCGAACUAGGAAUAAUUGAAAUUCUUGAACAUGAUCAUGAUCUACUACAACAAGUAAGUCAGCACUUAGUUUUUCCCACCACAACAUCCACAUCAGUACAUCGGGCAGCACGCUUUGAUUGCCGGAUCCCUGGAGCGACGCCGCAACUGCCGGGACUACAUCAAGUGGCUCUUGGAGCAGCGCGACAGCAAGAACGGCAAGAUGGACGUGGAUGCCUCCGGCCGCGACGAUAUUAACGAGUUCACCGUGCCCCACGAAUGCAUCGGCUGGGUGACGGGCAAACAGGGCACGGAGCUCCGCAAGGUGGAGGAGCAGACGAAGACGUUCUGCUUUUUGGCCCGAGAUCCCAAGCGGGAUGGCAAAGAGCGCUUGCUCAUCUGCGGACUGCAGGAGGGAAGCAGGAAUGAGAUCGUCGGUAUUGAAGAUUUUUAUUUACUUAUUUGUUUUCAAAGACUGAGAAGGAGGAAUCUGAAUCUUGGAAUCUUGAUCUGGAUAGGAAUAGGAAGAAUUACUGCAUGUUAAUUGCUCGUCUCUGGGAAGAGCAUCCUAAUAAAUGCACUUUCGACAUGACGAAAUUCCUUUUUUUACGACUACUGCUCAGGUCGUAUGGGCGCCCAAAAAUUGGUGGAAGAUUUGGUUCGCGAAAAACAAACUAUGGACUAGUAUGGAAUGGAAACUUUUGACGAGGAGCUGUUCUUUCGAAGGCAUGCUUGCUUCGUGUGCAUUGAUUAUGAUGACCGCACUUCUGGGACGAGUUUACUUGCCUGCUAGUAUGCAUCUGAAUUCGAAUUCCUGAAAAACAAGCCCGAGCUUGUCAUGCAAGUCAUGUAUACAUAGCUCUGAGUAAAAUUUUCCUGUCCAUACCUCCCGUGAGAGCAGACGAGGAGGUCGCGACCGCCGCGACAGCCGUAUUGUGAGGAAAAAUCUCCCCUCCCCAUACCAAGGCGGGAGACUUCAGAAAAUUUGUGAUGCUGAUUUGACGCCACAAAUCGUCUCUGUAUUGCAAGGAGGCAAAUCCAAAAGCCCCGCCGCGGUCUGCAGGCAAUUUGUAAUGUUGUAUGAACUACGGAGGACAUGCCUGCCUUGCUAGGCGGCUACACCAAAACGUCCCGACUCCGGCUUCGUAUCUGUCUGCAGUUCUCUACUGGUACUGCAAGACUGUACACAAAUCCUGCAUCACAGAAUUCCAUUUCGCUAUGGGGACGAGGGGAUUUUUUCUUUCGAUAAGCCGUGCCCCCCGCGGGCGCCGGGACAGUCGGGGCGGCGGCCGACGCGAGGAACGCGGACGCAGUCGUGAUGCCCCAAGGUACGAGGAACGCGGCCGCGGGCGCCGGGAUAGCGGUCCGGCGGAGAGGAAACGCGAAAGUCGGGGUCGCGAACGGUAUGGUGGCGACCGGGGGCGCGGGCGGUACUAGAAACGUAGACGAUAGAGCUGUUUCAAUUGCCUAUGAUAGAACUUCUACACGGUGAACUACCAAAUUGAAAAAUUUACUAGUUUUCAAAAAAAGUGAAAUCUUGUUUCACAUGAACCUAUUGUCUAGAACAAACAUCACUCACAUUUUUACUUUGGAUCAUUGCAACCCAGCACCAGCAGGGAAGCUGUACUUUUUCUACGACCCAGAAUGAUGUAUCACAUUUUCGACGCCACCGAUAUCGAAUAUCAUUAUCAUUUUGAGAGACCUAAGCUAGAUUUUGUUUAAAGAAUACAGCACGUUGCUCUGCCACAUCUACGUGCAGCAGACUAGAAGUUCGUUCGUUACAUUGGAUUUAUUUAGCUCUGAUUUUAUUAGUGGCAGUCACACGCGAGUUGUAAUAAAGAGCCAAACGAGCAACCCGCGUUUAUUAUUGUCACCCUCCCCACCUGCUCGCGGUAUUUAUUCAUCAAGUGACUUGCUAUGAGUUCUGGAAAACUGCUAAACCCUCUGAAGAGCACCGACGCAUCUUUCGCAACAAAGAGUUGCUGUUGUGUUGUUACGGAACCACAGACAAAGAUGACGAACAUCUGACCCAGAACAAAAAAGAGUACGUAC